CAAGACACAAGCGUGCUGAGGCUAUAACUUAAAUGAAAAGGGCUGGGUUUUGAAAAUGACACAGGCUCUGAAAAAUCUGGAAGGGGUGCGAAGGAAGCUUUGUGCUACUUUUGGCAGAAAUCUGAAUCACCAAGACCCUAAGCGGUUCAGUACUACCAACUAGGCUAUGGUUGUCAGGGUCCUCCAACGUGAGCUAGAACGGCCGCCUCUAUGAUCCGUUCUUUCCCCAUGUGGUGCUGGUGCGCAUGAUCAGUAGCUGAACGCUGGAAAGAUGGCGGAGCAUGAGGAAAGAAAAAAGAUACCUUUGGUCCCAGAAAAUCUACUGAAAAAGAGGAAGGCUUAUCAAGCCCUCAAAGCCACCCAGGCAAAGCAGGCACUUUUGGCAAAGAAGGAGAGGAAAGGAAAAGAGCUCAGGUUUAAGCGACUAGAAUCCUUUCUGCAUGAUUCCUGGCGACAGCAGCGUGACAUGGUGCGAGUCAGACGACUAGAAGUGAAACCUCAUGCCUUGGAAUUACCAGACAAACAUUCCCUAGCCUUUGUUGUACGCAUCCAAAGGAUUAAUGGAGUGAGUUUACUGGUGCAGAAGACCAUUACAAGACUUCGCCUAAAGAAAAUUUUCAGUGGUGUCUUUGUUAGAGUCACCCCUCAGAGUCUGAAAAUGCUACGUAUAGUGGAACCUUAUGUGACCUGGGGAUUUCCAAAUCUGAAAUCUGUCCGGGAACUCAUCUUGAAACGUGGACAAGCUAAGGUCAAGAAUAAGACCAUUCCUCUGACAGAUAACACAGUCAUCGAGGAGCACCUAGGGAGGUUUGGUGUCAUUUGCUUGGAAGACCUCAUUCAUGAAACUGCCUUCCCGGGGAAAUAUUUCCAAGAGAUCUCAAGGUUUUUACGUCCUUUCCAACUCUCAGUGGCCCGUCAUGCUACCAAGAAUAAAGUGGGCUUCUUCAAAGAGAUCGGCUCACCUGGCUAUCGGGGUGAGCGCAUCAAUCAGCUCAUCCGCCAGCUGAACUAGUCCCCGAAUAGCUGAAACCACGGUGCACUGGAAGCAUGUAUUUUUGGGUUUUGGAAUUAUUACCAAAUAUCUUCAGAGAAGAUGAUUUCUGCUCUGUCUUCAAAAACAAAGGGAAGGGUCAGGGAAAAUACAGUAGGUUAUGCUUGUGUCAAGAACCUCUCAUCACAGUCCACUCCCAAGGAAAAAUUCCAGUGUUUUCCACUUCAGCUACUGCAACCUCUGAAUUUAGCACAUGCCGUGGAGAAAGAAGUCCUGCUUUGUCAGAUCUUGUUUCAUGGGGUUUAAUUUUGGUGAAUGAAUGAUCCAAGCAUGGACACAAGGAUCCCUAAAUUCCCGCAACAAUAGACCAAGCUCUGGGGCAUACUUAAAUCUGGGUAUUCACUGGGCUUUGUUUUGGAAAGACUUGACAUAUGUUUAGGAAGAAGAGUGCAAAAGCAAGUGCCCGGUUGUCUCUUCUGUGAAUCCAUGUUCCAAGUUUUCAGUGAUGGCUUUGACAAUGCUCAGAUGUGGCUGGCUGUGUUAAUCUGGUAGCUUUUGUAUCCUAACCUAUAUCUGGUUUAUUCCAUUCACUAGUUCAGGGUUUGACAACAAAGGACCUCCUUUGCCGGGUACACUCAUGCACUCAAAAUUUUGCUUACAAUUUUAAGGAUAGUCAUAAGAGUCUUCUCAUUGUGGACCUUUGUACUGCACACAAGGAAGUCUUGCUUUUACCAGGAUUUUGUCACCCAAGCUCUAAUCUUACUGUUCACUGGUUCCAUUGUCCUGUGGAAGACCAAAGCUGACCAAGAUAGCUUUUUCCCUUCACAAUGGCAGAUUGUAUUUCCUCUGGCAUUCUCAACUCUGGGAGAUGCACCAUUCAACCGCACCGCCCACCCCCAGACUUCAGGAUGGAAUCUCCUGUUUUCCCUAAUGAUCAGCUCUCUCCUAAAAACUGAGAUCAGGAAGGAAAGAACUAUUCUCUUGGUUUGGCAUGGCUGAAAUUAGGGCAAAUUGGCUUUUUAGGGACCUUGCAGACAGCUUAAUUAACCUUUUCCUUGCAUAUUCAAGACUCUAAAGGUAUUGCCCUUCGUCAUGCUGGUAAUGUAGUAGACCAGCAACAGGGCUCCAAAGGAUGUUAAGCCUCAAAGAUGUCAGUCUGAUACUGCUUGUGUUUGUUUUUUUUUUUUUUUUUUUUUUUGGUAGAGACAGAGUCUCACUGUACCGCCCUCGGGUAGAGUGCCAUGGCGUCACACGGCUCACAGCAACCUCUAACUCUUGGGCUUACACCAUUCUCUUGCCUCAGCCUCCCGAGCAGCUGGGACUACAGGCGCCCGCCACAACGCCCGGCUAUUUUUUUGUUGCAGUUUGGCCAGGGCUGGGUUUGAACCCGCCACCCUCGGCAUAUGGGGCCAGCGCCCUACUCACUGAGCCACAGGCACCACCCUGCUUGUGUUUUUCAUUGGCAUCUAGUCCUAAGUGGGCCUUCACUUGGUUGCCUCAGCUUGCCAUCUGAGCAGUUAAUGAGGACAUGCCAGACCUAGGUUAAACUUGGAAGUAUGCUUGGCCAUUGUGUUCCUGGUCCUUUCAGAUCAGCUUUGCUACAGUUUUGGCUCAUGGGCCCUCAAACAUAGCUGUGAUGUUGCGUUAGAGGUAAUAACAGUGCCUUCAAAUGUGCCAGGUUAUGAGGUAAUUAAUUAGGUUGAUUGUCUGCAGAGUUAACCUGCCAGAAAUAGAUGUUAUAGAUGUUAGUGUUGUAUUUUAAAGCAUUGUAAGUCAGAUUACUUUAAAAUGAUGUAUCACAAAAUCAGGAAAACAGCAGUGGUUAGCAUGGAAGCCAAGGCUGAAAUCCCCACUUUGUUUUAUGCUAAAUAUGGGAAGUGUUUCUAUUCUUUUUUUUUUUUUUUUUUUUUGGUUUUUUUUGGCCGGGGCUGGGUUUGAACCCGCCACCUCUGGCAUAUGGGACCGGCGCCCUACUCCUUGAGCCACAGGCGCCACCCAGUGUUUCUAUUCUUGUCUGUGAAACCAGCCUGUCUGCUUCAUAUGAUAAUUGAAAGGAUUAAGCAAAAUAAGUUUGUAAUUUAUAAUUCUA